AUGUCGUCAUCAAAUAAAGAUCGAUACUCAUCAUCAAGUUCUUGUCGUUCUUGUCUUUUGAAUGGUCAACGACCGAUUGUAUCAACAAAGAACAAUGCUAAUCAGAAUGGACUUUCGUUAAAUAGACAACGACCAACAACACAAGCUGCACAAUUAGUGGAUCAAUUCGAACACUUAAAGGUUAAUAGCAAUAUGAAUACGGCGUCGUCACAAACAAUCACAAGCAAUAUUUCACCAGAUUCACUAUGCAUACAUAAUGAAGCAUUAGCUGAAGAAGAAUUGAUCGAACGAUUUAAAGAGUUGAUUAAUAAAUUUAUGACUCGUCCAAAUCGACAUUAUUCAUAUGACACGAGCAUGCGUUGGACAAUUGAUCAUGGCAAUCAAAUUAAAUUUAAUGUUGUUAUUUUGAUUAAUCAACCUUCUGAUUUUAAUGUAAAAGACUCAGUGAAUAAAUAA